AUGCUCAAGUUUGCUGCUCUCUUCGUCCUCGCCACGACUUUCACCAGCCAAGUCUUGGCUCACGGUGCACCACCAAGUGGCGCCGCAAUGAUGCAUCGUCGCCAGCACAAUAUUAUCGUCGGGCGCUCACUUCAAAAGCGGUGUGGUGCGACCUUGACGAAACGUAGGGCGGCUCGCAUGCAGAAACGCGCAAUAGGCGGCCUCACGGAGUUCAAGCGCGACACUAAUGAUUCGUUGUGCUUGCUUACGCCCGAGGUCACUCAGGGACCGUAUCAUAUCCUGGGUGAACUUGUUCGUCAGAACAUCACACAGGGACAGACGGGUGUUCCGUUCGAGAUUGAUGUCGACUUUAUUGAUAUUGACACCUGUGAGGCCGUCCCGAACGUAUGGGUCGAUGGCUGGUCGUGCAAUGCCACUGGCGUAUAUUCCGGAUAUGAAGCUGCUUCCGAGGCUGCGAAUACAGGUGGCACUGGUAGUGGAGGAGCACCUUCUGGGUCUGGGGCGCCAAGUGGUGCGCAGCCUUCAUCCACCGCGACCGGUGCAUACGCUGGUGCAGACAGUCCCGACUCGGCCAUUGGCGCUACUGCACCCGGUGACUCCGACAACUUCUUGCGCGGAGUAUGGCAGGCUGAUGAGAGUGGCCAAUUGACGAUGUACUCCAUCGUUCCGGGUUGGUAUAGCGGUCGUGCAACACAUUUCCACAUCAAGGUGUACACUGAAGGCAAUGGUUCCAUCGCUGAUAACGGAACAUUCAUUGCUGGCAGUGCAAUGCAUACCGGUCAGUUCUUCUUUGCAGACGACUUUAUGGAGAAAGUUGGUAAUGUAACACCAUACAACACCAACACUAUCGAACGCCUUGCAAACGCCGACGAUAUGUGGUAUGCAUACCAAAACGCUGAGGGAUAUACAGCAGAUAUGGAUAUGGCACUCGUCGACGAAAACGACAUCACAGCUGGAGUCAUUGGCUCAAUCACUGUCGGCCUCAACUUGACUUACACGAGCCCUGAGAUCACUGAUUACUGGUGGCCGGGAAACUCCGCUUAUUCCGCUUCCCUUGCAGCGUCUGAGACCGCCGCGGCUUCUGCCUCUGCUGCAUGA